CAACACAUGUCCUAAGCCUUUUUCACUUGUCUUCUCUGUUGGUUUUCCGACAUCAUUAACUUCGCGGGGGCAAGCGACGAACAGAAGAAAAAAAAAAGGAAAAGGAUUAUUCCGCCGUAGAAUCCCAUAUUAUCUCCCUCAUCACUUUGCUACACAAGAAUCUCAUUUUCGCUUUUCCAAAGGAAACAAGAACUAUCUAUGGCGGAGAAGCUCGAGCCGGUGAAGGUUUUGUACUGCGGAGUUUGCUCUCUACCAGCCGAAUACUGCGAAUUCGGUCCCGAUUUCGCUAGAUGUAAGCCCUGGCUCGUCGAAAACGCCCCGGAUCUCUAUCCUGAUCUCCUCAAAGAAGCUAAUGAGAAGGCAGCAGAUAAUGUUUCUGACAAACUCCAGUCAGUGGGAAUCUCUUCAGGUGGUGCUGAUGGGGCACCAUCUUCAGCUCAGACUGCAGGGACAUCCAAGAAGGAGGAAGUGAAGCGCCUACCUGGGGGAAAAGUUAAAAAGAAAGAUCGACAGGAAGUUAUUAUUGAAAAGGUUGUACGCAACAAGCGCAAGUGUAUCACCAUUGUCAAAGGACUAGAACUGUUUGGGAUAAAACUAAGUGACGCCUCUAAAAAGCUUGGGAAGAAGUUUGCCACUGGAGCAUCAGUUGUCAAGGGACCAACUGAAAAGGAGCAAAUUGAUGUUCAAGGAGAUAUAAUCUAUGAUAUCGUUGAAUUCAUUACAGACACUUGGCCCGACGUACCUGAAAGAUCCAUUUUCUUCAUCGAAGAUGGUAAGAAGGUUCAGGCUGGUUGAUGAUCACCUUUGUCCUCGGUUUUGGCAUGGCGGGUUCAUGUAGACGAGCUAGUUCCUGAGUUAUCCUAUGUGUUUGGAGGAUAUCGCAUCAUGAUAAUAACUUUCAACAUAACGUAUAGUUGGAUAAUCAUACUACUUUCUUAUUCGGGUUGCGAUAAUUCCAUACAUGUUUCUCCAAACAUUUCUCUUUUUGGGUGUCUUAAUAUUUAAAAUGCGUCUUGAAAUGAAUGCGUUCUUCGUUCUUGACCGCA